CUCCAUAAUAACUAAUAUUAUCUCAAUGAAAAAAUACUAAACUGUAUUUUUUCAGUAGGUAGCCAUAGAGUAUAAAAUAUUUUACUUUUUACUUAUACAAAAUUAUGUUGUCUAUGAAUUGACAUUAAAAACAUAUAUUAAUUAAUGAAAUAAAUAAUAAUUAAUUUGCUAUAUACAUAUUACGAUAAAAAUAUAAAAGAAUAAAAUGACAUCACAAUAUUAUAAUCAUCAUAGUCAUAAAAUGUCUGAUGGGAAAAGAAAAAUACUGGCUGAAAUUUAUUCAGUUCCGGUUUAAAAAAAAAGAAAAAAAAAAAUAACAAUAAAUAAGAACUGCAUUCAUAAUUCAAACUCACACGUGUUGGUGUCAUCUUAUUUCCGAACUGUGCGCAGAGAUCGCCCUUACUUCGUUCGGGAAUCGUGUUCGCCUCCAGUCUAUUUUGCGGGAUACCAUCGCGUGGUCGACUCAGAGCACGCGUCAAAAUGCUUCCAACUUUAAACGCAGCGUUCCUAAACGAAGUUUCGCGCCAAUUCAAUGAGCCGUUUUAAAUGACCAUUCCUUUUGAUAUUUGAAAUGUUGUAUUUGCCAGAUUAAUGGAACACAUAAUUAUAAAAUUAAAAGUGCAUAUUAUUAUAUUGUAAGAUUGUUUAAAUAGUAGGUAUAUGAAGAUAAUAAUUCCUUGACGUUGAUACGACGAUUGUUGCGUGUGAAAAAAGUAGUUUGAAAUUGAAGUUUACUAGUGAAUUGUGUAAAACGAUUCUACGGAAAAAACUUACACAUACCGGUUUAACUUAAAAAACAGCCAUGUACACUCCGUCAGCUACCAACAUAACAUUCCUGGAAAGCAACUUGACUGACAGCGAAUACACGCCCUACAAAGAUCGAGUCGAGACGUAUUUGGUUCCAGUAAUAUUCGCUAUAAUAUUCAUAGUGGGUGUAUUGGGAAAUGGCACCCUUGUUAUAGUAUACGUACGACACAGGGGAAUGAGGAAUGCACCGAAUACGUACAUAUUCUCUCUAGCCCUUGCCGAUCUGCUGGUGAUCCUCAUCUGUGUGCCCUUCGUAUCCACGAUAUACACCCUGGAGUCGUGGCCGUGGGGUGAAGUGAUUUGUCGACUAUCAGAAACGGGCAAGGACAUCAGUAUUGGUGUAUCCGUUUUCACGUUAACGGCAUUGUCGGCGGAGCGGUAUUGCGCUAUUGUGAAUCCGUUUCGGAAGCUGCAAUUAAGAAAACUUCCAUUAGUCUGCGCAACAUUUAUCUGGGGUGCUGCUCUUAUAUUCGCGGCCCCUGCUGCCAUGUUCUCCAACACAAUAACAGCACAAAUACAUAAUAAUGUGACCAUUUUGUACUGUUCCCCGUAUCCAUUGGAAUGGAAAAAUUAUCCCAAAUGGAUGACACUCGCAAAAGCGAUAAUAUACUACGCGCUACCGCUGCUUGUGAUAUCGUUUUUCUAUUCGCUGAUGGCCCGCCGGUUACUCGCGAGCACGCGGGAGAUGCCCGGCGCGUUGCAUGCGGGACAGGGCGAAGCGCAGGCGAAGGCGAGGAAGUCUGUAGCGUGUAUGGUGCUUAUAUUUGUUAUUGUAUUUUUCAUAUGCUUCCUACCCUACCAUGCUCUGGAGAUGUGGUUCUAUCUCUCACCAACCGCUCAAACUGACUACAACGAUUGGAUCCACGCUCUCAGAAUAAUGGGAUUCUGUUUAAGCUUCCUCAACUCCUGCGUGAAUCCAGUCGCAUUGUACUGCGUUAGUGGCGUCUUCAGACAGCACUUUAAUCGGUACCUCUGCUGCCAACGCACAGCAUUACACCCCACUUGUAGUUCCCGGUUGUCGAGGACUGCGGUGUGUGAAACGUCCUUUAGGAGUACGCAGCGGUUGCGGUGUAAUAGGAAUCCCACAGAGAGCGUCGUAAUUUCAAACUACGAUUACGGAAGCAAAAAGAAAAACAAUAUCAUAAUAUCCAGGAACAGUGGGGACGGUGUCACCAUCAUGACCGUCAGAGAUUCCAACGUUUUCCUCACUGAUGUCGAUGAGAAAUGUAUUACAAGAUAAAAGUUUAAAGAAAAGA